ACUUGGUCGUUCUGAGUUGGAGAACGAGAAUAUCUUCUUAGCGUUUGGCAUCAGCUUGCCUAUCGAUCGAAGUAAGGGUCGGCGACUCUUUCCUUUUUUAUCAUAUGUUUACUGUUUUCUAACUCUUGAUUUUUCAGGGGUGGCCAAGGAGAAUCUGAGAGAAAAAAAAUUCAAACCUGAUGAAGAAAUUCAGCGUCGUGCGAUUCGCUCAGGGGGCCAACCAGCGGGCCGCGGAGAAGCCUUUACCUCUUCCUCCCAAGGAUUCGGCUACUGUUGAGAAGGGGCUGGUGGAGGUGCCCAGCGAAGGAGAGGCUUUGAGGAUUCUCGAAGAGAGGAGAAGAGUUCACAUUCCCGAUGAUUCUAAGAGGGUGUUCCCUUCUAAGAAGAGGGAAGUGAAGGAGAAGAAAGAGAGGAAGAGGAAGAGAGAAUGGGGAAAGUGCCACGAAGAAGGCUUCCGUGGGCACUAUAAUGACAGUCGUACCUCUACGAAUGAGGUCGGUAGAGGGGGAGGCGUCUUCUUCCCAGGACAAGGCGUUACCAGUCUCCAGCAGGGGGAAGGAGAAAGUAGGGGAAUCAACCGCUGCCCCUGAGUCGCGGGUUGAGGAGGUGUAUCGUCACCGGGAGGUUUUGCCUUUCCGACACGAAACCCCCUUCACUAACUUGGGGCAUAAGGGUAUUAUAACCCGAUUUAACAGGGCGACAUCCCACUUAAUCAGCAAAGUGGAUGUUGAUCAUUUGGAGUCGUCCCUAUCUCCCAGGGUGCGCCAGUUUCAAGCUUCCACGGCAGAGGUAAUACACUUAAUCUUGUCUUUUAACUUUAAAUGGUGACCCUGAUCUUCCACUUAUUUUGUAGACUUUUCUGAGGCUGUCUUUUGAGAUAAACUUAAGCCGUCAGAGUGCCGCAAUAAGGAGGCUCUGGCGGCCCUUACCUCUCGCUGCGAUGAGCAGAAUCAGGAGCUUAAGAGGCUCCGAUAAGAUUUGGGCGAGCUGCCGGGUUUAAAAGAGAAACUGGCCAAGUGCACCGAGCUGAAGAAGCGCUUGGUUAGGACUAAACAGUGGCGGGAGAGGGCCAAGAAGCAGCUGGAGGGGACCAUCGGGAGCUUGGAUGCAGCUUCAAACAUGUCUGCCACCCUCGGCCAUGAAACGGGGCGCCUGAUGGAUAUUCACGCUAGGCUGGUUCAUUAAAACCAGUCUCUCAUGCAUCAGGUGUCGGACGAUCUGGCUAAAUUCCAGACCUUUCUGUCUGCGAUUCAAGUAUAUAAGCUUCGCUCGGAAAGACGAUCCCGGAUAGCUAGGGAUUGCUUGACCUCAGAUGAGCCUGAGGCGUCCUGUUUCUUGGGGGAUCUGACGGCGGAGAUGAUGGGUGCCGGUUCUAUGAUCAGCGACGAAAAGUACCGUCUGGCUGCCGCAGAGUUAGGCAUUGAUUUCAAUUCUCUCCAACGAAUGGCCAACCAAAAAGGGAGACGAAGCCUUGACCAACCUAGCUCCGGUUUUGGAGCGGGAGUCCGCGGUACUGGUCGACCCCAACUGGGAUAUGGAGGAGGAGAGGGUUUGGUUAGGAAAAGUGGAUGAGAGAGCUGAGAAGGAGGCUUUGUGCCUUGACUUAGACAAGUUAACCCUCUCUCCCCCCUAAGCCUCGGAUGUCCCUGAGAACUUGGCGCUCUCUAAGCUGGAGGGUUUGUGCUUAGACUUAUCAAAUCUGUUGAUUGACGAGGGCAAGAACCUCCAGGGCUUAUCUAAGGAUUUAUCUGAGAUCGAGGUGGAGCCGUUUAACGUUGAAGAAUUUAUAAGCUUCACCCCUAGUCUUGGCGAGGGAAUGGCCGGGUCUCCGCAGCUGCCUCAUCAAGAGCCGGAAGGGGAUGUUGACGCCUUUUUGAACGAUGUAUAUACACUCUUUAAUUUGAUAGAUUGCAAUUUGAUUUGGAGUUUGAACAUUUGAUUCUUGUAAUCUAACGAUUUAUUAGUUUAUAUAUUUAUGA